AAGAACUGCGGAAACUACAGUAAACUGACUGUAACGUUACACAUGAAGCUGAUGGAGAAGAAGUUCAGCCAGUGGAAGACACAGUGUCUCAGCAAGUCCGACCUGAGUAAGAAGGGCAGUGUGGAUGAGGAUAUUAACCAUGUAGUGUCUCUGAUCAACAGCUGUGAGGAGUAUUUCACCACUAGCUCCUGUUCCGGGAGAAUCAUCCUCACUGACGGGGAUCCAAAGACCCCCGAUGUUCAGAAACAGAACUGCGUUUGGCUUUUUGUCUCACACUGCAAAUGUAAAUUUGAUGAUCUGAUGUGUGGUCUGGCUGAGUCCAGAGGAGAUGCAGUGUUGAAGUUUGAGCCCUUUGUGCUCCAUGUUCAGUGUAGACGGCUGGAAGAUGCACAGCUGAUGCACUCGGUGGCCAUCAACUCAGGCUUCAGGAACUCAGGUCUCACUGUCAGCAAGACAGGAAAAAUCAUCACGGCCGUCCGUAGCACCCACGGCCUGGAGGUUCCUCUCAGCCAUGAAGGGAAGCUCCUGGUUCAACAGGAGUACAUCCACUUCCUUACCCAGACAGCCAAUCAGAAGAUGGAGGAGAACCUGAGACGGAUCCACAGGUUCUACCAGAAUCUCCAGUCAGCCCUGUCCUCAGAGAAACAGCAAAAGUUCGAAAUCUCACUGGAAGCACAAGAAACCCCUCAAAGACUGGAGACACAAGGGGGGGAAGAAGAAGAAAAGGAGAAGAAAAAAGAAAGUGUGUAUAAACGGAGACGUAAGAGAGAACAUCAUCAUCAGACUGACUGUUGCCAUGGUGAUGGGUCUAGUAUUGUGACUGAGCUGGAGGACUGUGUCGAUCUGUUCACAUAAAGCAGAGGCUCUGCAAACAUUUUGUCACUGACUGGAUAAUAGUGAAUGUUUUAAUGUACAUUUUUAGUGUUAUUUUAGAGAUCAUAAAUAGGAUCACCAUAGUAACCUACACUGCACCACUAACAUGCUCUGGAGCAGGUUCACGUCAGAAGAUCAGUUCAGACCAUAAACUGUAUAUAAAUAAAGGACGUAGUCACCGUGA